AUGGACCAAUGGCAGGAAGAUCACAAGGUUCUCCAGCACCAAAUACAGGAAUCCUUCUUGGUCUGGGAAGACCAAGCUGCGGAGGAGGGAGAAGAAGAUGCAGUAGAAGGGGAGGAGAUAGUGACAGUGCCCACGAAAGUUACUUCCACAGAAAUGACUCCAUCUAUUCUUAUUAAUCCGAAUCCAAAAUUAAUUUCUAAACUCAGUUUCCCCGUUCGAUUUUCUUUUCCUUCAUUUCAUUGCACAAAUGACUUCUUCCUCCCUUCCUUACGGGUUGUCUCUCGCAUUGUCUAUCCACAACUCCAGAACCUUCUUGAGUGGCGUGAAAAUGCAGUGAUCCAUGGUCAUACGAGUCCUGCAAUCAACUUGUUCAAAAAAAUGCGUCGGCAAGAUUUAUAUUUGGGGAUGGGUAAAAAAGUCUUUGUUCACUAUCGGUUUGAUAUAUUGCCACUUAAAGUGGUUUUUGAACCCUUUGAUAGAGGGAGAGUUUACCUAGUUGAUUUAUUUACGGGUGUUGGAGAGGAGAUUGAAAAUGUUACAAUGCAGACAACUAAUCUUGAGGACACUGCCCUUGACGAACAACAUGCUUGCCGUGUAGUCAAUUCUAGAAGGGAUGAAAAAUGUACCCCAACAUUUGGUUUGAUGAAGAGUGAUAAAAAGGCCCGCAUGACGGAGAGUGUUGAAAAUUUUAGGAGUAAAAAAAUUUUUGCACCUUAUCUGUUUGAUAUAUUGCCACUUGAGGGUGUUUUUGGGUGCUAUGGGAUGAAGUUGCUACAAAUUUGGAAAUUGAUAGAGGAACAAAUAUUGUUGCCCUUUGACAGAGGAAAGGAAGAAGAAAUGGGGGCGAAGGCAUUUUUUAUGCUUCACUGUGCUAUGAUGGGUUAUGUAGCUGGAAUGGGAUUUGGUCUGUUGGCUUUACUGUUGUUUGACACAAACGGGUCUGAUCUUGUUUUUUGGAUGGCAGUCGAAUAUGUAGAUGUCAUCUACAAGUUUUACAAACUCAUAGAAGAUGACAGUCGAGUGCAUGAUUACAUGGAUCCACAGCCUGAAAUCAAUGCAAGAUGUGGGCUAUUCUCAUUGACUGGCUGAUUGAGGUUGAUAGAAGAAUUGAACUCAUGCCUGAAAUCCUCUACCUCACCAGAAAUUUAAUCGAUGGAUGCCUAUCCAUGAAGGUGGUAUCAAGACUAUGCUUGUACAAGUAAUCGGAUACUUGUCAUGGAGAAAUCAAUUUUGGAGAAAUUGGAGUGGCAUUUGACAGUUCCUACUCCGUACAUUUUUUUGGUUCAUUAUAUUAAAGCUUCUAUUGCCCCUGAUCAGGAGAUGGAGAAUAUGGUCUUUUUUCUACCUAAAUUGGGUCUCGUGCAUUAUCUAACAACCAAUUUUUAUUGCCCAUCAAUGAUUACAGCAAGCUUGGAUGAAUUCUCUAUAGAAAUCUUCUUGGUACCUGUAGCCCUUCGGCCUAUCACGAUGGUUCAAAGCUUCCAUACAAUCUCAACACGCGACUUGAGCUCGCACCAUACAAUGGGUCAUGUCAUCAUGCUUGGAGCAGAUCCUUUGAGUAAAAGUGCAGCCAUUGAAGCAUUGCGUGCUUAUCCUGUCAGUUUGCAAGUUGGAGGUGGGAUCAAUUAUGAAAAUCCUUUUGAGUUACAUAGAGGAAGGAACUUGCCAUGUCAUUGUCACAUGAUGUGUUUAGAAAUGGACAAAGGGAUCUUGAAGGGCUUAAAGACCUUGCUCAUGUUGUGGAAGGCAAAGGCUUGCCUUGGACCUUAGCUGCAGAGGGAAGGAAGGCAAGUAUGCAAUUGUGACUGAUAGAUGGUAGAAGUUUAAUGAUGUGUAUCUUGCUGGUAAAAUACUGGAGUUUCUAGCCAGCUAUGCAGACGAGUUUUUGCUCCAUGAUGUUGGAUUUUGACAAAUUUGAACAGCAGCAAAAGCGGAAAUGCUAAACUGGAACCUUGAGGAUAAGGUUCUUUAAAGGGAGAGAAUUUGUUAUGAAUCACAUUAAAGUGGGAUGGACUUGGUGUCCAACUUAGUUGUUAUCUUUUACUUUAAUUGGGUUGUUUAAAUUGUUUAGUGGCCCAUGGGCCCAUUUAAUGUCAGUUAGAAUCGGCCCAUAGCCCUAGUUAGCUGUGGCCGAAUUUCCAGUAUAUGUAGAGGAAAGGGUAUCCUUGUUUGUAAUCUGGAAGAAUAUUGCUUUGUGCUUUUUGUUUUCA